AUGAAGAGACCGCCAAGAAGUCUGGAAGAAUGGCUGUAUCUUCAACUUUUAGAUUCACCACGAUUUCACAGAUUUGUAGGAAAUGUAUAUAGGAAGGUCAACGGUAUAAAGGACGGACCACAGGAGGGAUCCUUUACGGCAUCGGAAUACCUUUUCCAACCAACAAAGAGACAAAAAUUUAAGGCAUACAGAAUUUUAUUUUGGGAUGAAAUGAGAAGUUUGAUUGGAUUGCCAAGGAAGUCUGAUAAAUUCUUUAACCGUAAAUAA